AGUAGAGGUAAAGCAAGAGCUGACUGCGCCCCUGUCGACGUCAAUAAAAGGCUGCCUGUGGUGAGAAGCAACGCCCCCCGGUCCAAAACCCACGUCCAUGUAUCCCUGGAGCUCCUCCUCGUACGGCGGCCAGGUUCCCAGUGCCGCCAACGUCCGGACCAUGCCGAAUGGUUUGGAUGACCAGGAGAAGCUGCUCGCCGAGGCUAUUGGAGCGGCGAGGAAGCAGGCCUUCCAGAUGAAUCACUUUCUGGACAAAGAGCGAAUGCUGGAUUCGCUCAAAUGCGCCAGCACCAUGCUGAGUGAGCUGCGGACCUCCGUCCUCUCCCCAAAAAGUUACUACGAGCUGUACAUGGCCGUCACCAACGAACUGUGCCACCUGGAGCUGUACCUCAGCGAGAAAAUCGACAAGAAAACGGAUUUGUACGAGCUCGUUCAGUACUCGCACACUAUUGUGCCACGGUUGUACCUCCUCAUAACAGUAGGCAUUGUGUAUAUCAAGAAUGACCCUACGCUGAAGCGUAGCAUUCUGAAGGAUCUGGUCGAGAUGUGCCGUGGUGUCCAGCAUCCGCUGCGAGGUCUCUUCUUGCGCAACUACCUGCUGCAGUGCACCCGCAACAUCCUUCCCGAUGUGUUGGUGGAGGAGAACGAGCACGAGGGCAAUGUCUAUGAUGCCAUCGACUUCGUGCUGACCAACUUCGCCGAGAUGAACAAGCUGUGGGUGCGCAUGCAGCACCAGGGGCACUCCAGCGAAAAGACGCGACGCGAGAAGGAGCGAGAGGAGCUGAAGAUCCUGGUGGGCACUAAUCUAGUGCGAUUGUCGCAGCUGGAGUCGGCCACUCUGGAGACCUACCAGCGGCUCAUUCUACCGGGCAUUCUCGAGCAGGUGGUCAGCUGUCGGGAUGCAAUUGCACAGGAAUACCUGAUGGAGUGCAUCAUCCAGGUCUUCCCCGACGAGUUUCACCUAAAGACACUUGACCCCUUCCUAAAGUCCUGCGCUCAGCUGGAGACCGGCGUUAAUGUGAAGAACAUCAUAAUUUCGCUGAUCGAACGACUGGCUGCCUAUAACCAGCGAAGUGGCAAGACUAGUGGCAAUGCCAUCGAUGCCAUCAUACCCGCCGAGGUGGAACUGUUUGAAGUUUUCAGUGUGCAAGUGGCAAACAUCGUGCAGACCCGAAUGGACAUGCCGUUGGAGGACACCAUAUCGUUGCAGGUUGCUCUGCUGAGCCUGGCUCAGAAGGUGUAUCCUGAUCGAGUAGACUAUGUAGAUAAGGUGCUGGGCACAACCGCACAAAUUCUGCAGCGCAUGAACAUGAACAACAUCUCCCAUCUGCUAUCUGUGAACCAGGAGUUAUCCCGCCUUCUGCGCAUCUGCAUCGACUUUUACAACAACGCCUUGACCAUUAUUCAGCUUCAUAACUUUUGCCCGCUGCUUGAAAAGUUUGAUUACACUUCCCGUAAAUCGCUGGCCCUGUACCUAGUUAUGAAUAUCUUGGACAACGAGACCCUAGUUCCGACAGCUGAUCAGGCGGAUAGUCUGCUGACCAUCAUUACGCCGUUGAUUAAGGAUGAUGACACGAACAAGGAGAACGGUGCGGCAGCAGGAAAUACGAGUCCGGAUGUCGAGGAGUUUGCCGAAGAGCAGGGGGUUGUGGCACGAUUCAUUCACCUCAUGCGCUCCGAUGAACCCGACAUGCAGUAUAAAAUGCUGCAGACCGCCCGAAAGCAUCUGGGAAAUGGGGGCGGCCAAAGACUGAAGCAUGUCCUACCUCCGCUUGUCUUCGCCGCCUACCAACUAGCCUUCAAGUACAAGGCAAUCGCCGAGCAGGAUGAGAACUGGGACAAGAAGUGUCAGAAAAUCGUGCAGUACUGCCACAGCACCAUCAGUGCGCUGGCCAAAGCCGAUCUCGCAGACCUGGCUCUGCGUCUUUACCUGCAAGGUGCCCUGGUCAUUGGGGAGAUCGGUUAUACGAAUCACGAAACUGUCGCAUACGAAUUCAUGACUCAGGCCUUCUCCCUGUACGAAGACGAGAUAUCCGACUCCAAGGCCCAGUUGGCAGCCAUAACGCUAAUCAUGUCCACUUUCGAACAAAUGUCCUGCUUCGGUGAAGAGAACGCUGAGCCGCUCAGAACGAAUUGUGCGCUGGCUGCAUCGAAAUUGCUGAAAAAACCGGAUCAAUGUCGCGGAGUUGUGGCCUGUGCGGCGCUCUUCUGGAGUGGAAAGCAAAACGGCGAGCAGAUGCGUGACGAGAAGCGAACUCUGGACUGCCUGAAGAAGGGUGCUCGAAUCGCUUCGCAGUGCUUGGAUACCGGGGUGCAAGUUCAAUUGUAUGUGGAGCUGCUGAAUCACUAUCUCUUUUACUUCGAACGCGGCAAUUCACUUAUCACUGUGGCGAUGCUCAACCAGCUAAUUGCCAAGGUGAACGAGGAGCUGCCCAACCUGGAGCCCAGCGAGGAGACCAAACAGAUCGAGAGCCAUUACAAGAACACACUGGCACACAUCCGCAGUCGCAUGGAAUCCAAUGACUCGGAGCUGGAAGUCUCCUUUGCGGGCAUAACUCUCAAUUAGCCCAGCGCACCCACUCUGAUACCCGUAGCAAGCAUCCAAGCGCUAAAGGCCUGCAGGACGACCGGCCAGGCCCGUUUUUAUACAGCUAGUUAUCAGCUUGCUCGUAGACCGUUUAGAUUUAUUCAAAGCUCUGCGAGAGUAUUCAAAUUGCUUGUGUGUGAAAUGAAAUUCCAUGGUUAGGAAAGUUGUGGGCCUUCGACCAACUUUUGAUUUGUCAAUUUGAUUUCGAUCGUAAUCGUAAGUGCAAAGUAAAAACAUUCUUGAUUAUUUCCCCGAUUUAUUUAGUAUGAUAGAUAUGCGUAUAAUUAGCCCAGAAAAUUUUUAAUUUACCAUAUUUAAUCUCCUAUCCUUCCCAAAAAAGUAAUGUGAAAAUAUUGUUAAACAAAAAUUAUACAAUCUUACAUACCAUUAUUGGAUUGGGUCACGAAUCGCCACGCGCUACGUAUAAAUAUGUAUUACAAAUAAAGUUAAGACCAAAUUGUUUUCG